AUGAUAAAGACAACAUCCUCCUCCUCCUCUUCCUUUACUCAUCAAUGGGUUUAUGAUGUUUUCAUUAGUUUUCGAGGUGAGGAUACUCGAAUGGGAUUCACUGGAAGCCUUUAUAAUGCUUUGUGUGCAAAAGGAAUUAACACCUUCUUAGAUGAUCAUGAGCUUAAGAAAGGUGAAGAGAUCACAGCAGCUUUAAUGAAGGCAAUCCAAAAAUCUAGGAUUGCAAUUGUGGUAUUUUCAAAAAAUUAUGCAUCUUCUACUUUUUGUUUAGAAGAACUUGCGAAAAUUAUGGAGUGCUUAAAACGUAAGGGUAGAUUGGUAUGGCCAGUUUUUUAUCAAGUGGAUCCAUCUCAUGUGCGCCACCAAAAAGGGAGUUAUGGUGAAGCAUUGGCAAAGCAUGAAAUAAAAGUGAAUGAUAAGGAUAAGGUGAAAAGAUGGAGGUUUGCUUUGCAUAAAGCAGCUAAUCUCUCCGGUUGGCAUUUCCAACAUGGGUAUGAAUAUGAAUUUAUUGGGAAGAUCAUUGAAGGGGUGUCUAAAAAGAUCAAUCGCAUCCCUUUAUAUGUUGCUAAUUAUCCAGUAGGGUUAGAGUCUCGAGUGCAAAAAGUAAACUCACUCCUAGAUGUUGAAUCAAAUGACGGGGUUCAUGUGAUAGGGAUUUAUGGAAUUGGUGGUAUUGGUAAAACAACACUUGCAUGUGCAGUAUAUAAUUUAAUUGCUGAUCAAUUUGAAAGUCUUUGUUUUCUUGCUGAUAUUAGAAAAGAUUCAAUUAAGUAUGGGUUGGUACAACUCCAAGAAACACUUCUUUCUGAUUUAGUUGGAGAAGAAGACAUUAAGUUGGGGAACGUAAAUAAAGGAAUUCCAAUAGUCAAAAGGAGGCUCGUUAAAAGGAAAAUUCUUUUGAUUUUGGAUGAUGUUGACAAAUUGGAGCAAUUAAAAGCACUUGCUGGUGGACUUGAUUGGUUUGGUUCUGGAAGCAAAAUUAUUAUCACAACAAGGGACAAGCAUUUGCUACAUGUUUAUGGUGUUAAAAGAACCUAUGAAGUUGAAGGAUUGAAUCAUGAAGAAGCCCUUGAAUUGUUUAGUUGGAAUGCUUUUAAAAGAAAUCAAGUUAAGUCUAGUUAUUUGGACAUUUUAAAGAAAGUAAUACUUUAUUCUAAUGGCCUUCCAUUGUCUUUGGAAAUAAUAGGUUCUGACUUAUACGGCAAAACAAAGUUGGAAUGGAAGUCUGCACUAGAUUCUUAUGAAAAAAUUCCUCAUAAAAAUAUUUUUGAAAUCCUAAGAGUAAGUUACGAUGGCUUAAAGGAAUUUGAGAAGGAAACUUUUUUAGACAUGGCUUGCUUCUUUAAAGGGUACUACCUAAAUGAUGUCAUAAACAUAAUACGCGGUGGUCGUGGCUUUGCCCCCGAGUAUGGAAUCCAAGUGUUGAUUGAUAAAUGUCUCAUAAAAAUUGAUCAACAUCGUGUGAGAAUGCAUGACUUGAUUGAGGAUAUGGGUAGAGAACUUGUACGGCUAGAAUCACCAUCAAAGCCAUGUGAACGUAGUAGAUUAUGGUUCUCUAAAGAUAUUGUUCAUAUUUUCAAAGAGAACAAGGGAUCUGAUAAAACUGAGAUCAUCAUGUUGCACAUGCUCAAAGAUAAAAAAGUGAGAUGGGAUGGCAAUGCAUUAAAGAAGAUGGAAAAUCUCAAAAUACUUCUCAUAGAAAAUGCCCGCUUCUGCAAAGGACCUAAUCAUCUCCCAAAAAGUUUAAGAGUGCUAAAAUGGCGAGAAUAUCCUGAACCAUCUCUACCGUCUAAUUUUGAUCCAAAGAAACUUGUCAUACUUGACUUGCCCAUGAGUUCCAUUAAGUUGAACAAUCAUGCAAUCAUGAAAUUUAAGUCUUUGACUGAAAUGAAGUUAAGUGGUUGCCUACUACUAAAACAAGUACCCGACAUGUCUGGUGCACCAAAUUUGAAGAAAUUGCAUCUUGAUUUUUGCAAGAAUUUAGUUGUAGUCCAUGAUUCUGUUGGAUUCCUUGACAAACUUGUAGAUUUGAAUCUUACUCAUUGUUGCAGUCUCAAGAAUCUUCCACGUGGCAUCUACUUAACUUCUCUUAAAACCUUGUCUCUUGGGUAUUGUGUAAGUCUCAAGAAUUUUCCAGAAAUUUUGGGAAAGAUGGUAAAAAUCAACUACCUUUGUUUGAGUGGUAGCACUAUAAGAAAAUUGCCCUUUUCAAUUGGAAAUCUUGUUGGGCUUACAUUUUUGUCUGUGGAUGACUGCAAAGGGCUAAUUGAACUACCAAGUAGUAUAUUUACGUUGCCAAAGUUGAAGACUUUUCUAGCUAACUCUUGUACUAUGCUUGCAAAAAUAAAGAACGGCCAAGGUCAAGAUCAAGGAACAAUGUCUUCAAAUGCGAGGAAUGUCAUUCUUUGUUCAGUUGGAAGAGAUCGCAUAUGCUAUGAGACAGAUGAAUUUCUUGCUACCCUUCUUCCUUGCUUACCACUUGUCACAUUUUUGUUCCUUAAUAAUAGCAAUAUCACAGUCCUUCCAUCUUGCAUCAAUUCUUGUCGCUCUUUGACAAAACUAUAUUUGGAUGAAUGCAAGCAGCUUCGAGAAAUUAAAGCCUUGCCGCCAAAUAUAAAAUAUCUUUCAGCAGUGAAUUGCACAUCAUUGACUUCCCAGUCCAAGGAAAUGCUAUUGGCUCAGGCACUAGACAGGAGAAGGGUCAGAUAUUUUUGUUUUCCAGGAUCUACAAUUCAAAGAUUGUUCAAUCAUUGCAGCAGAAAAGAAUCCUUGUCUUUCUGGUUUCGUAACAAAUUCCCAGCAAUUACUCUUUGCAUCAAUGGAGCUUUGGGUAGUUUUCUUCAUUAUGAGUUUGACCUGAUCAUUAACAGUAGUCAACGGUUCCCAAAUAUUGUUCAAGUUAGGUCCACAAGUUUAUUUCAGACAAAUCAUUUAAUUGUGUUUGAUCUGUGGCUUGAAUUUGGCAGUGGUAAAUUUGAAAAGCUACACACUGAGAAUGGAUGGAAUCAUGCUGAGAUUUCAUUGGUGGAUGGUGGAGGUAAAACAAAAAUGAAAUGGAUGGGAGUUCAUGUACAGGAACAAAAAACAAGCAUGCCAAAUAUUCGAUUUACACACACGGAUCAAUGUUUCAAGUUGCGAAAGGUUGUGAACAAAAUUGCAAUUGCACUGUGGCUUGGAAAACUUUCAAAACGGUGA